CUCAGAGAAAUAAAUAAAAAGAGUUAUAAUUAAUGGCUAAUCUACUUUGGUGUAACACUGCCAUUUUCUUGUUGGCCUCCUUGUUUCUUGCUGACAAUGCUAUUGUUAUUGAGGCCUUGAAACACUCCCCCAACAGAAUCAAGAAUCAGCCUUACCGGACCAGUUAUCAUUUCCAGCCUCCCAAAAAUUGGAUGAACGAUCCUAACGGGCCUAUGAUAUACAACGGAGUCUACCAUCUCUUCUACCAGUGGUACCCAAACGGCGCCGUCAUGAAAGUCAACGAGAUCGUGUGGGGCCACGCAACAUCAAAGGACCUCAUUAACUGGACCCCACAUUCUCCAGCUAUCAAACCAUCUCGACCGUCCGAUAUCAACGGCUGCUGGUCUGGUUCCGUCACGAUUCUCCCCAGUGGCAAACCCGUUAUUCUCUACACCGGCAACGACGUUAACAACCGCCAGGUCCAAAACCUAGCCAAACCCAAAAACCUCUCCGACCCAUAUCUCCGUCACUGGACCAAGUCUCCGGUGAACCCUCUCGUGACACCAAACGCCGUCAACCACAUCAACUCCACCGCGUUUCGCGACCCGACCACCGCGUGGCUCGGCCGUAACGGACGGUGGCGCAUGAUCACCGGAAGCCAGGAAGGUCGCCGUGGACUAGCUCUUCUCUACACGAGCCGCGACUUCGUCAGCUGGAAGCAGUCGGCGAAGCCUCUUCACUACAACGACGGCUCCGGAAUGUGGGAGUGUCCUGACUUUUUCCCGGUUGCGAAAACCACUUCAGACGGAGUAGAUACGUCGUCGUUUGGUGUGUCAGUAAAACACGUGCUUAAAGUGAGCUUAUCAGACACAAGUCACGAUUACUACACGAUUGGUACGUACGAUCAAGUGAGAGAUCAGUAUGUGCCGGACGAUGGUUUUGUUCAGGACGUUACGGCUCCGAGAUAUGAUUAUGGUAAAUUUUACGCGUCGAAGACUUUUUACGACUCGGUUAAUCGACGGAGGAUCUUGUGGGGUUGGGUCAACGAGUCGUCGCCGGAGAAGGAUAACAUCAAAAAGGGUUGGGCCGGUUUGCAGGCGAUUCCAAGGAAAGUAUGGCUUGAUAAAUCAGGAAAGAGACUGAUGCAAUGGCCAGUUAAGGAAAUAGAGAGGUUACGUACCACGCAAGUCAAGUGGGAAAACAAGGUUUUGGAGGGAGGAGGAUCUUUACUUGACGUGCAUGGGGUCACAGCUGCACAAGCAGACGUGGAUGUUUUGUUCAAAGUGAGUGGUUUAGAGAAAGCAGAUGUGAUUGAACCGGGUUGGACCGACCCACAAUUGAUUUGCAGUCAGAAGAAUGCAUCGUCGGUUAAUUCCGGUUUAGGUCCAUUCGGUUUGAUGGUUCUGGCCUCCAAGAACUUGGAAGAGUACACAUCGGUCUAUCUAAGAAUCUUCAAAGCUAGUCAGAAGAGUAUGGACCAUGUGGUGGUGAUGUGUAGUGACCAAAGCAGAUCGAGUUUGGACAAAGGGAAUGAUAAAACAACAUAUGGUGCGUUUCUUGAUAUAUCUCCUAACCAAUCAAUCUCUCUCAGAACUUUGAUUGAUAAUUCAAUAGUGGAGAGUUUUGGUGGGAAAGGGAAAACAUGUAUUACCUCAAGAGUUUACCCAAAAAUGGCAAUAGGAGAAAAUACACAUCUCUUUGCAUUUAACAAUGGAUCUCAGAAUGUUGAUGUUUUAAGCCUAAGUGCAUGGAGCAUGAAGUCUUCUCUCUAAAGUUACUUCUUCAUAUGUGUGAGAGAUUCUUGGAACUCUUGGUGUAUCUGAAAUAAAUAAAAACCAUAUUUAAG